AUGGGACCCUUCUUGGCCAGCGUCCUGGCAACAAUCACUUACGUGCCUUGCGCGGUGCUUUCGCUAAAGGCCGGAGAAGUAUUCGUGUGCGAUUACAACGAUGAACAGAUAAAAGCCGUCAUCAGCUGCUACUGUGCCAUCUAUCCACAAGAGGACUUGGACCUUAUGAUUGCCGCCCGGUACAAGACGGUGGGCAAUACUACUUUCGAGCUGUUUAAGCGUUUCUGUAAACGUCUCCCAGCAGUGAUGUACCAUUUCAUUGAAACAGCCAAAGCAAUCGGCUACAUGAUGGCAAUAUGUCAAAAUGCGACGCUCUACCACCUUCCGCUUAAGAAAAAAAGCCCGAAAUAA